UGCUGCCGAGCCGGUGUGAGCCCCACCUGUGCCCGCAGAGCUCGCGGCACUCCAAGCUGGAGAAAGCCGACAUCCUGGAGAUGACCGUCAAGCACCUUCGGAGCCUCCAGCGAGCCCAGAUGACCGCCGCGCUGAGCACAGACCCCACAGUGCUGGGCAAGUACCGCGCCGGCUUCAGUGAGUGCAUGAACGAGGUGACACGGUUCCUUUCCACCUGUGAGGGCGUUAACACUGAGGUGCGCACCCGGCUUCUGGGCCACCUGGCCAGCUGCAUGACCCAGAUCAACGCCAUGAACUACCCUGCGCCCCCCCCGCCGCCCCCACUGCCGCCAGCCGCAGCCUUUGGUCCACCCCUGGUGCCACCGGGCAGUGGCGCGGGGCCGCUCCCGGGCAUGCCCUGCAAGCCAGGCGCCGACGCAGCCAAGGUGUACGGUGGCUUCCAGCUGCUGCCCGCCUCCGAUGGGCAAUUUGCCUUCCUCAUCCCCAGCACCGCCUUUGCUCCUGGUGGGGCUGUGCUGCCCCUGUAUGGUGGCCCACCCACAGCCGCCACUGCCGCCUCGCCACCUGGCCCGCCACCCGGCACAGCCGACUCGGUCUGGAGACCCUGGUGAGGGUGGUGGGCACCGGACUGGACUGAGCACCGCACCCCGUGCUGCUGGCACGGCUGUACAUAGGUUAUAUGUUCAUAUUGGAUUGUGCCUUUGUACCAUAGCACUCCCUCAACAGUGUUUCGUGUUUUACACGAGAUCUUUUUUUCUCCCUUCCCUCCCCUUCCUUAUGUGACACCAAAGAUCGGGUUUUUUUUUUUUUUUUUUGAAUGCUCUUAAAAUAAAAGUAUCUCUUCCAUUU